ACCRUCUAAUAUUUAUUCCACUGACUCAAAUCAAAUACCGUUUAAACAUUUUGAUCAUGAACUCUUCUGAGUAGAGAAAUUCACACAGAAUGAUUUUGAACUACAAUCCGUUGUUUCUUCUUUUGUGACACAAGUAACGCAACCAUUCGAGACUGGAUCUGAGGACGUUCUAAUAUGAUGAGCAUCACAGAAAAAAAGUCAGCAUCGCUUGAAAGGGAUUUUCGUGCCAUGCCUAAAAAAGAUUGCGACGAAGAAGACUAUAACAAGGACAAGUUCGAAUGGACUUUAGCAAAAUAUAUUUUACUAUUCGAGUUAUCUAUCGUUUUCUUUUUCAACUUCGCUUCAUUUAGUAUUUUAGCCACAUUCUUUCCAAACGAGGCAACCAGUAUAGGUGCCACUAGGAGUGAGAUUGGGUUCAUAUUCGGCGCUUACCCCCUGGUAGCUUUUCCCGCUUCAUUGAUUUACGGAAUUCUGAUUCCAAGGUUCGGUGCUGAAAAGCUUCUUUUAGUAGGAAUAUUCACCAAUGGUAUAACUGUGUUUCUAUUUGCAUUUGUAAACUUGACAUCUUCUAGUCGUUUGUUCGUGGGUUUUUGUCUAACUUUGAGGGUGCUAGCAGCACUCGGAGGCGCCGCCUGUGAAACUACUAUACGGGCAAUCAUUCUGACUGAUUUUGGAAGUAACAUUGGCUUUACUAUGGGAAUACUUUCUACUGCCACCGAACUUGCCUUUACUGUUGGGCCAGUGUUAGGAGGAGCUCUUUAUACUGUUGGUGGUUUUAAGCUGCCAUUUCUCGCCGUUGGAAGCUUGUUCAUGCUGCUGCUGUUUCUCGUGUGCAUUGGUCUCCCUAAAAAAGAAUGGAAUACAAAACAGACUCCAAUACGAACAUUAACAAAGGCACUCUCUAUUCCUGGUGUAGCGAUGAUGGCCUUAGUACAAACCAUUCUUAUCACUGAUCUAAGCGUACUAGAUCCCACUUUAGCUCCGUAUAUAUACUCAAUACACCCUCACCUCAGUGCAGGCGUAGUAGGCCUAAUCUUCUUGUUAAAUGGUGCAGUCGUGGCCUUAUUGUCCCCUUUGGCUGGUUGGAUCUGUGACAAAACGGGCGCCAACGAGAUCGUUCUCACCAGUGGCCUUGUCGUUGGUGGAAUCUCGCUACUUCUGAUAGGACCAGCACCCUUCUUGACUUCAUUUCUCCCAACAAAAAAGCUAUGGUUGAUAUGUCUAGCUGUGGCAAUCAAUGGUGGAUCAGCAGCACUUACUAUACCCCCCUCAGUCACCGUUAUGUCCAUGUAUGCCAGAGGUGCUGGUAUGCCAGAAGACCUAGCAACAAAUGGUGUUAUAUCCGGUAUUGUAACAGCUUCAGCUAACUUAGGAUCCUUCGCUGGUCCUGCAUUUGGUGGUAUAGUCAUCGAAUGGAUUGGAUUCAGCUGGUGUAUGGGGAUAUUUGGGCUUGUUUCGUUAUUCCAGGCUGUAACAACUGGAGUGUUCACAUAUUUCUACAGAGCUUCAAAACCAAAUGGUGGUGAAAAUUACAGUGAAGUUGACUUUGAUGAAUAGAAUGGUGGUUAUCACAAGAGUAUUUUAUUCUUACACUUAAUUAAAGAUAUAAAGCCAGUAACCUUCCCUUGAUUCCAAAGGCUCCCUCACUCCAUUGCUUCUCAUGGCCAAAUAACCUAUGAGUGGUAAGCACUGGAGCAAAAACACCUUUAGAACACAGGUUGGAAACGGGCUUCAGUACUUUAUAUGCUAUACCCUCAUUAAAAAGGUUCAUUAAACAAUGUUUUAUUGUAUAAAGA